ACGGUGAAACCUAUUAUGUCGACGCGCAUUACGUCGUGCACAUUCAACAUGGCCGAAUCUGAGAAAGUGGCGGACGCUCCAACCGACACAAUGCGAAAAAAAUCUGAAAGCGAACAAAAACCGUCGAACCAAAACGAUGAGGACAGCGAAAGCAUGGAAGAACAGCCCUUGGACAUCGGGGAACAGUAUUUGGUGCGAAGAUCGGACGAUUCUUGGCAUCCCGCAGAAAUAAUACAAACUAGGUAUAAUGACACAGAGAGGCAGUGGGAAUAUUAUGUGCAUUAUGAAGGUUACAACCGACGUCUGGAUGAAUGGGUUCCCAGAGGAAGAAUCAUGUCAUCUAGGUUUAACUUGACCGAGAGUGGACAAAAACUGCCAGGCGACAUUAAGGCUUGGAAAGACAGGCCAAUUGUUAAUGAUCUGUUGGCUGAUAGUUCUGAUAGAAAAAUUACAAGGAAUCAAAAAAGAAGACAUGAUGAAAUUAAUCAUAUUCAAAAGACAUAUGCUGAAAUGGAUCCUACAACAGCAGCUUUAGAAAAAGAGCAUGAACAGAUCACUAAAGUAAAAUAUAUAGAUAAAAUUCAAAUAGGCAGAUUUGAAAUAGAUACAUGGUAUUUUAGUCCUUACCCUGAGGAAUAUGGUAAACAAAGCAAGUUAUGGAUAUGUGAAUAUUGCCUAAAAUACAUGAGAUUGGAAAAAAGUUAUAGAUAUCACAUGAGUGAAUGCACUUGGAGACAGCCAGUAGGUAAAGAAAUUUACAGGAAAGGCACUCUAUCAGUGUAUGAAGUUGAUGGUAAAGAUCAUAAGGUGUAUUGCCAAAACUUAUGUUUGCUUGCAAAACUGUUCCUAGAUCACAAAACUUUAUAUUUUGAUGUGGAGCCAUUCUUAUUUUACAUCUUAUGUGAAGUUGAUAAACAAGGAGCACAUAUAGUUGGAUAUUUUUCCAAGGAGAAAGAAUCACCUGAUGGUAACAAUGUGGCAUGUAUCUUGACCCUACCUCCAUAUCAACGACAAGGCUAUGGUAAACUUUUGAUUGCAUUCAGCUAUGAAUUGUCAAGAAUGGAAGGGGCAGUAGGUAGUCCAGAACAGCCUUUAAGUGACUUGGGCAAGCUUAGUUAUCGAAGUUAUUGGAGUUGGGUUUUAUUAGAAAUUUUACGGGACUUCCGAGGAACGCUUUCAAUUAAAGAUUUGAGUCAAAUGACAAGUAUAACGCAGACCGACAUUAUAUCGACAUUGCAAAGUAUGAAUAUGGUCAAAUACUGGAAAGGCCAGCAUGUUAUUUGUGUAACCCCAAAACUUGUUGAUGAACAUAUAAAAUCGAGUCAAUAUAAAAGGCCACGAUUAUGUGUUGACAGUGGAGCGUUGAGAUGGUCGCCCAGAAGACAUAGUACAAAUAAUAAACUUGGAAAAAAGUGAAGAGUAUUUUUUGUUCAGCAACGUUUGUGAUAUUAAUAUAACGUUAGUUAUAGUAUGACGAAAAUUUAAUUUUCAUCCUAUUUUAAAUACAUAAGGUUGUUGCAUACAAUAUCUAAUUUGAGAAAUUAAAUAAAGUAUCUAACAAUAA